AUCGAAAACCUAGACCAAGCAGUUCCAGCCCAGCCCUACAACAAAUGGAAAGCCGAAACGAAAGAUGCCGGGGGGUCCGCUGAAGGGUCCUGCAUCUGCAUCAUUUGCCUGGAGACGUUGCAGGACAGGGACAUAGUCCGUCACUUACCGUGCGACCACAUCUUCCAUUCAAAUUGCAUCACGAAGUGGUUCCUGAAACAGCACGACACCUGUCCGGUUUGCAAACUUUGCUACAUA